AUGUCUUCUAUACCACACAGCUACAAGUUCUGUCCGAAAUGUGAUUGUGUUUUGCGUCCGAAAGUAUCAACCGAGACGUAUCAAGGAAGAUCUGACCGCCAUUUUCGAAAACUUAAAAUGCGCUGUAGUGUUUGUGAUUAUUCGCAAGACGCUGAUAUUGGGGAUCAUCGAGUUUCUCGCACAGAGUUCAAACCUUGGGGCUGUCAUUUGCAAGAAAUUCCCUCACCAGAUUUAAAGUUUGAUGCAACUAUUCACCGUCGCGAAAAACAAGGAUGCCCAGAAUGCAAGUGUAUAAUUGAGCCACUUGAAUUGCACACUCGACACCAAGAUAGCUUGCGCUGUGAUCUGAUGUGUUCCGUGUGUGAAGCUGUGUUUCCAAUUCCCGAUGAUCCAGUUAAAUCACAUGACUAA